CAUUAUGCACUAUAAACCCUAAUGUCGUAUCUUGCAACUGUACAAAUUUUGCUUUGCACUGCCCAUUCAGACAUUCUGCUCAAAAACCUAGCUGUGUCCACAAAGUUCUCGUAACACUUCAGCAACUAGUCUCCAAACAACAAUCAUGGCGGAUGUAGAGAACGAUGUUACGACAGGGCAGCCAAAGAAGAGGACGUUUAAGAAGUUCAGCUUCAGGGGUGUGGAUCUCGAUGCCCUUCUUGAUAUGUCAACGGAUGAGCUCGUCAAGCUCUUCCAUGCCCGCGCCCGCCGAAGGUUUCAGAGGGGUUUGAAGAGGAAGCCCAUGGCUUUGAUCAAGAAGCUGCGCAAAGCGAAACGUGAGGCCCCACCAGGUGAGAAGCCUGAGAUUGUCAAAACUCACCUGCGAAAUAUGAUCAUUGUCCCUGAGAUGAUAGGAAGUGUCAUAGGAGUUUACAAUGGCAAGACCUUCAAUACAGUUGAAAUCAAGCCUGAAAUGAUCAGCCACUAUCUUGCCGAGUUCUCAAUCUCAUACAAGCCUGUUAAGCACGGUAGACCUGGUAUUGGUGCUACUCACUCUUCAAGGUUCAUUCCUCUCAAGUGAGAAUUCUCUUUCGGCUCAGCAACACAGCAUACUGUUUCUGAGAAUGUCCUAUGUUUUGUUUCUUUCAUGGUAUUUAUUAUUUUCAAUUAAGGUAUAAACAGUCGAACCCGCCUUUAUAUGAAGCUGUUGGAUAGAUUGUUUUAGCAUUUUGUUUAAUGAUAUUUAUAAAUUGUUUUUGAAUUGCAUAUUUCUGUCCUUGAUA